AUGAAUCCAACGGGUCCGGUCCGGCCUCGAAUCGUCAUCCACGGCGGAGCAGGAAACUUAAACCGCAACAACCUCUCACCACCAUCCCGCCAUGCAUACCUAACAUCUCUCUCCCGGAUCCUCUCCACAGUCCAUCCACAACUCCUAUCAGGCCAACUAUCGGCCCUCGAUGCCGCCGUCCUGGCCGUUCAACUGUUAGAAAAUGAUCCACUCUUCAAUGCGGGCAAAGGUGCGGUAUUUACCCUGGAUGGCACCAAUGAACUAGAAGCAUCGGUGAUGGUUUCGAGAGGACAACACAAACGAUUUGCCAGCGGGAUUCUCCUGAAGCAUGUUAAGAACCCAGUGUUAUUCGCCAAAGAGUUGCUGCUGAGAGACGAUCCAUCAGUCGAGAGAGGUAGACAACAUAACUGUCUAAGUGGAGAGUAUGCUGAGAAAUUGGCUGAGAAGUGGGGCUUGGAGAUUGUUGAUCAGAAGUACUUCUUCACGGAGACAAGGUGGAGGCAGCAUUUGAAGGACUUGGAGAGAGGGAAAGCUGAUGGAGAGAAAGUGUUUGCUGAGAUGUAUAUCGGAGCGGGCGAUGAUUAUGAUUAUGGUGAUAAAGAGGAGGAAAGAAAGGGAGGAGAGAAAGAAGAGGAGCCGCUCAUCCAGCUGGAUGAGUAUCUACCUAAGGGAACGGUCGGAUGCGUAGCUCUCGAUAGCAAUGGAGUCAUCGCUGCUGCCACAUCAACGGGGGGUCUCACCAACAAGGUCCCCGGAAGGAUCGGAGAUACUCCCACACCGGGAGCCGGUUUUUGGGCCGAAGAGUGGGAGGUCUGGAAGCACCAACCCCGUGCCGAGAGUCUUCUAGCGGCAUGUCUUCCGUUCGCUUCCACCCCAAUCAAAUCAAGAAGGCAUCAUAGAGCUGUCGGUCUCUCUGGUACUGGCAAUGGUGAUUAUUUCUUACGACUAGCUGCCUGCCACAACAUAGCUAGUAGGUGUCGGUUUGGUGGUAAGUCUCUAAAGCAAGCUGCAAGGGAAGUUUGUGGCCGCGGUGGCGAGAUGGAAGAGGCAGGGGAGGGGAGGAAUAAUGCCGAUGGAGCUGUCAUCGGUAUUGACGAGGAGGGGGGCGUCAUCAUGGAGAUGAAUUGUGGAGGCUGUUUCCGUGGGACCGUGGAUCUUGAGGGCAGAGUGCUAGUCGCUGCCUAUGCUGAUGAGCCUUUGGAGCAGUGGGGAACCGUCAAACUGUAG